CGCCAAGCCCAAAACCCCGCAUCGCCUCCGCCUAAAAACCCACGUCCACGGCGACGACUUCGAUCCAUUCGACCAUUCCCAGUUCUUGCCACCACCGCCUCCCGUCAACGCCGAAUCCGCCACCUACGCAUGGACCCAGCGCGGGAGCCGCUCGCCGGCGGCCUCCAGCACCGCCCCGCGGCGGCCGCGAGGGCCGGAGGGGGGGCACAGGCGCCGCGCGGGCAGCGCGCCAUCCACCCCGACGUCGACCCGCAGCCGCGGCCGUGGCCCUGGAUGCAGAAGGUGGCUAUCGUCGCCAUCGUGCUGCUCGGGUGCCUCCAGUUCCUGCCGGCCACGCACUUCCGGGACCCCAACGACCCGCACCGCAACUGGAUCCCCAUCCACGGCUCGCGCAACCCGACGGAUUUGUCAAAUGUGGUCGGAAGUGUAGAUAUCUUCUCUUGGAUAAGCUGUCUGGAUCUUCGUACUCUUGCUGUGCUGACAAAUUCCACACUGUCCAGCUCAAGUGAUCCACAGAAUAUAUCUUUCCAUUUCUUAAUACCUGAAGGAGGCAACGAUAAAUUGCCCUACCACAAGUUAAAAGUAGUGCUACCUGAUUCAAAUCUCACAGUUACUAGUCAGAGGCAAAUCAAGGACAAGCUAAAUGUUGCUACCCCAGAAAGAAACUUCCUUUGGUUAUUCCACAAGGAGCUGUCACCCCUCCUUAUUGCAAAAUCUCAGUUGUCCAAAAAGAGAUAUCUUCAUAUCUCUGCAGACUCCAUUGUAAAGGGCAAAAUUGAAGAUCUUGGUCGGAUGGAUUUAGGCACUUAUGCUGUUGCUGCCACUGAAGAUUGCAGCAAGCACUUUGGUGAUAUUGUCAGCAUGGACGUUCUAAGUGCCAUACAAAGAGCAGCUGCAAAAAGUUGGGUGUCUAAAGAGCCUUACGACAAGGAUGCGUGCCUAGUUGACUUUGAUGUGCUCUUGGUAGAGCCUCGCAAGCUGGAGAAGAACCUGGUUGAUUCCAUCAAGUGGUGGUCCGGAGUUGUUAAUGUAGCCAAUCCAAGAGACCACAUUAGGUUGGCAAUUGCUCUUGCCCUCUAUGACAAGUAUCUGAAGCUACCUUUGAUUUGGAAGCGUGCAAAUGCUAAUGCUGACAUUCUCAACUACGAUGGACCGAAAAAAGUUUGCUCUGAUGAUGGUCGUCAGCACGAGCAAUCAAGCUAUGGUGACAACUGGAAGGAAUACCUUCAUCAGAAAUCUGAAGCCAUACUUCACUACUAAAUAAAGAUACUUCAUCCUACACAGUUUUUACAUUGUCGUGAGUGGCAACUGACCAUCUUGAGGCAUAUAAUGCAGGCAUUGUACGAACUUGUAAAGCCCAGAAUAUAAUGCAUAUUGUUCUCCUGCCAUUUAGUCACUUGAUGUUGUAUUGAACUAUUUUUUUCAGAAUAGAUAUCUAGAAGAAUCAUGUUUUUGCAACUGACCCAUUAAGUUCUUGCUAAUGUUGGCUAA